AUGGCAGCAGCGACUUACGGCGUCGACUGGGAUUCGGACGAUGAAUCCGAAGGAGGCUUUACAGUCCAAUUUUCAGUUGACGAUGAUUCAGAUCCAGAUGAUAAUUGGAGGUGGCGUGAUGGGGAGAGCUGGCACGUUCCAGAAGAGUACAGAUGUCUUUGGAUCGGUGGUGAGGUCGAUCCACACGACGAAAAAUACGAGAGACUAAUGGGUUUGUUACUCCACGACAAGCGAAGAUGGGAGACAAUCUAUUUGACACAAGAGGGACGCCCGUCGUCAGCUGGAUUCUUGUCGAUUCUUCAGGCAACAUUCAGCAAAGCAGAUGCAUUACAUCUUUCAGAUUGCAUGGUUGACAAUGCUUCUUUCGCUUGCCUCAAUUCAGGCAUUAUGGUAAACGAUGGGAUAAAAGAUGUUCAGAUCUGGGCAUCUCCAGUUCGUCCAAUAACGGGAGCGCAGAUGAUCAUGUUGUCUCAAGGCCUGGCGACGACAACUACACUAGAAACUUUGGGUUUACCAGUGGACUUGACGGGACCUGGUGUCGUCCGAUAUCUCAUCGCCGGAUUAGAAGCCAACAAGUCAUUGAAAUAUCUGAAACUUUGCUGGUGUAAGUAUCCACGUGAUACUUUGCCAAAGCUAAUAUCAGCACUCCACUCGCACCCGAAGCUCCGUCGUCUAAUGCUGAGAACAGAUGAGCUACGUGAUUCUCAAGUACAAUUGUCCCUCCAAUCGUUGCUAUCCAGUGACAACUGCAAGCUGGAAGACGUUGAUUUGAUGAGGCCAAUAAGCCAUGAGCAAGCCAACGCAAGCUCAAGAUUCAGUCUUGGCCAGUUCGACAAUCCAAACACACCAAUGAAGAGUCUUCAUCUUGGUCGCCUUGACCUUGAAGAUUCUUCUUUACGUCAGAUGCUUCCAAGCUGCAGAUAUAUUGUUGAACUAAAUCUCUGUGGUAACAAAAUUUGUGACUUGGAACCCCUUGAUUUUUUACUUCUUGGAGAAUCAUGCUCUCUUGAAACACUGCAUCUUGAAGAAAACCCCAUCACUGUAGACAGUGCAAGAAUAUUUGCCCGGAAACUACCCAAAAUGAAUGUGUUGCGGAGACUGGGGCUGAGAGAAAGUCCUUUCCUUGAAGAUCAGGAGUUUCUAGAGGAGUUUAUCGACCAUGCAAACCAGAAUAGCAGCAUGGAGUGGCUUCGAAUCUUCACCACGUACGACAAAGUGACUACGCUAAGACCCAAACUGAUGUACGGGCCCAGCUUGAAUCGAGCCGGCCGCCGUUACCUCGGGCACAACCCAGGUAAUUUGCCGCUGAAGCUACUACCUACAGCCUUUCUGAGAUCACGGGAGAUCUACUACUUUGACCCUUUGGGGAGUCCAAAAGUGCCAGACGCACGCUUGGAUGGAUUGGACGCGACUUUCUGGCUAUUACGGGAAAACAGCGCUUUGCAUUCACACUUCGUCUAG